AUGACAACCAACGAGGCACGCUCGGAGAGGACUCCUCUGCUGUCCUCGUCGCCCAAUACCUUUGCCGUCCUCAACAGGCACACGACUGAGACACGAGAUGUGUCACCACUCUCGCGUACAGACAAAGGGCAAGACAAAAAGCUUUCGACGACACGUGGAGCCCUGAUCUGCCUUUCCGUCUGGGUCCUCAUCUUUAUUCUUACAAACAAUGUCUCGCUCAUCACCACGAUUCAGUCACCGAUUGCUUCAGAUCUCGAGGUCUCGAAUGCGGUGAGCUGGUUUACAUCAGCCUACCUGAUCGCCAUUACGAGUAUCACGCCUGUGGCAGGCCGCCUGUGCGUCAUCUUCACGCCGCGGGUGUAUUUGCUCGCCUCAAUCAUCAUUCAGACCUGCGGUCUUUUCGUCACAUCCCAGGCCAAGUCACUGCCAUGGUUCCUAGCGGGUCGAGCUAUCACGGGCAUGGGAAGCGCGUCAGUCACGCCAGUGGCAUUCCUGCUUGUCACUGAACUGACGAGCCAGCGGAGGAGGGGCUUGUUCUUUGGAUGUAUCAAUACGGGCUAUACUGCGGGCGUGGCAUGCGGAGCCAUCAUUGCUGGCGCGUUGGAGCCGCUGGUCGGCUGGCGCGCGAUAUUCUGGCUGCAGAUCCCAUUCGCCUUGGUCGCCGUCACCGUGGCAUUCUUCAGCAUUCCCAAACCGAAGCAAGUCUUGGACUCUGCGGCCCCCGAAGCGCUGGCGAAGAAGCUGGCUCAAAUCGAUUACUUUGGCGUCUUUAGCAUCGUUGCCGCGGUUGUGCUAUUGCUUUACAGCCUCUCGUCUCCACGAAUCCAGAUCAUGCCGAUCAUUCUCUCGCUGGCAUCGUUCGUCCUCUUUCUCUUCGUCGAGUCAAGCUGGGCAACGCACCCUAUCGUACCCGUUUCAGUGCUCAAGUCCAGGGGCAAUAUCCUCACUGGCUUAGCGACCAUCGGAGUUAUGACCGCUCGAUGGGGUGUUCUGUUCUACACACCUGCUUAUGUCCUCACGUUAAGGGGCUGGCCUCAGAGUCGCGCCGGACUGACGCUCAUUCCGACAAAUCUGGGCUUUGCCGUUGGCGGCCUCUUGGCGGGCUGGUUGCAUAUUCGACGAGCCGGGUCCUUUUACGCCGCCUGCAUCGCCACCUUUGGGGCAUUUGCCCUUUCGAUGUUCGCGGUCUCUUGGAUAUCCACGACGUCUUCGAACAUCUAUUUAUAUCUGACUCUGUUGUUUGUGAACGGCUUCAUCGUGGGGUCGUUGCUGAACUACUCACUGGCGCAUGUGUUGCACCUUACUACGCCUUCGACGCAUAUCAUUGUCAUCCCAUUGAAUGCGAUGUUCCGCAGCUUGUCUGGGUCGUUCGGCUCAAGUGUCUCGGGCGGCCUGUUCCUGCGGACGCUGCAGAAGGCCCUGACCCAGGGGUUCCGGGAUCGUGGGAUAUUUGAGGGCAAGGAGAACUUGAUCCGGCAGCUUGUGGGCAAGCCUACCAUGGUUCAACAGCUGACUGGCGUGGAUAAAGAGGUGGCCUUGUUUGGGUACGAGCAAGCACUCAAGACAAUCUAUAUGGCAGGUGGUGUCCUGGCUAUUUUCAUGUUACUUGUUCAGGCUGGGACCGGGUGGACUGCGCCGGAGGUAGUCAAGGACGAGGAGGAUGCUCUUGAUGGGGCGGAUGGCAUCGAGCGUACUGUUCCAAGAGAGCCAGUUGUGUCGUAA